AUGGCUUCAAAUGUGUCUUCCCACCAGCCUGAAGUGGAUCUAACUGACCUACCAGAAGUCUGCAGUAAACACCUCCCCAACAGAAUUUUCGGACGUAUUCAACGAAAGUUUAGUGUACCAUCUCAACGCCUGCGAGAACAAGCUGCCUGCCUGGGUCGUCGAGCAUCGAAGAAGCUUAAGCAAGUAAACAAUCCACCCGGCAGCAACGAUUCCCUCUCUCUGGGGUUUGAUUUAGGCGGAGACCCACAAGAAGACCAGCUGUCUUCGCCCGAUCGCAAAGCAAACAGAAAGCGAAAAUUAACCAAAAGAACACAACGUGAUAGUCCUUACCCCGAGAGGAACAAUCGCAUAGACAGGAUGUUCCAGGUGAUGAGGAAGGGCCGAAGCCUCGAACUUCCCGAUGAUGUCCAGGUGAAGAAUUUCGAGGCUGUUCACGAAGGGCCGCUUCCUGCAUGCGAAAAGGAGAACAAGGACGCUACAUCUCUGCCAACUAAGAAAUGUAUCGAGUGUGUGAGACGGCUGAUGGAACGGCAGACACUAGCUGAUGUAGAACAAAGGAGUGCGACUGCAUCCCUGCUUGAGGAAAAAAUAAUUCCUGAGGGAACAAGGCAAGCCUUCGGUCUCUUCAACGGAUGCUGGAUUAAUACAUAUGCGGCGGUUCGAGAUCGACUAUAUCUCUCCACCCUCUCAAACAAUGAUGAUGCCGAUCAGGGAGAGUUCUAUCUCUUCUAUAAGAGGAUUUUGCACUACCUCUUGAUCCGCGAUGCCAUCCUUUCCCUCGACUUUGAGCCAACCUGCCUGUCGCGAAGUCAGUUGACACCCGGCAUCAGGGCAACAUUGUUUGACUGGAUGAUUAAGGUUCAGCAGUAUCUUCGCAUGGGAACGGAAUCUCUCCACUUGGCAACCUCUCUGGUUGACUACUUCAUCUCCCGCAGACAGAUCGCGGAACACAACUACCAACUAGUCGGUAUUACUGCGCUCUUCCUGGCAGGCAAGGUAAAUGAGCGGCAGGCGGCCUCCCUACGGACACUCUGCUACCUGACAGAACACUCCUACAUUCCAAAACAGGUAGGCUGUCCUCCCUUUUAA